CAGGGAUUUACAUAACUAGGUUUACAAAUAACCCCAAAAUAUUCAUAUUGAAUUUGUAAUUUGUCUUUUAUUUAUUUAGUUUUUUGCUAAUGUGCAUUUUGUAUAAAUUGUUUCUAAAAUAUAGCAAGUAAUAAUUUACUGAGGAAAAUCUUUCUGUAAAACCUUAAGUAUGUAACUCUGCUUUCAGUAUCUGUCUUUCAAAAAUUCUUUGCUUUGUGCUGUGAAAAGAUAAGAAGUCUAAGAUUUUUCCACGUUACUUUCUUGACAAAGAAAAUUUAUAUCCAUUAAAAUAAUAAGUAAUUUGACAAUAGAGAUGGUUUCAAAUGCGAAGUGUUAACUCCUUGUUGUGGCUCUCCGUUCUUGCUGUAGCCUGUGUUGGCCUUGACCAGGUUCUGUCCUUCCCUCUUCCUUUCCUCACCUAAUCCUUUACUGGUCCUAUUAACUAAAAGGAGUUUGAAGACACUAUUUCAAAGUUAAUAGAUUUCUCAGCCUCCCACAUGAUUGUAGUUACACUUUUUGGGUACCCUCACUGAGAAAAUGCAUGAUAGAAAGCUAAUAAGAAUUCUAAUUAUAAAUUAACAUUCAUUACAGAAAUAAAUUUAUGAUAGCAGCAUUUAUCUACAUUUGAAAAUGAGUAGAACCUAUAUAUGUGACAUGUUAUUUACUCAGGGCUUUCAAAGACCCCUGGCAAUAACUCCAUGUCCCCCGCAGGUUGGGGCCAUUGCCCUGGAGGAAGCAAGCGGCUAGUGAUCCCAGACACACUUCUGUGGCUCGGGGCAGGAGAGAAACGGGUAGGAUCUUGAAGCUCUAAGUGAGGCUGCCUUGAUCAACUAUCAGAAUUUUGAAGGUCAUAAACUUUCUGAUGGUGGUAGUGAGCCAUGGCGGCAGAUGACAAAGUUGCCAUCUUAACUGAUGAUGAAGAGGAACAGAAGAGAAAAUAUGUGCUUGCUGAUCCCUUUAAUGGUAUUGCCAGGGAACCAGAACCACCUUUGAAUGAAACACCCUCCUCCACAGAAACGUCUGCUAUCCCUGAGGAAGAAAUAGACUGGAUGGAGAAGCACUGUGUUAAAAUAAACAACGAUCUUCUGAUUUCCAAGGUCUUUUAUUUUUUCUUUUACUCUGCAUAUGGCUCUCUUUACCCCCUUUUGCCUGUGUAUUAUAAACAGCUGGGAAUGUCCCCAAGCCAGAGUGGACUGCUAGUAGGUAUUCGAUACUUCAUAGAAUUCUGCAGUGCCCCCUUUUGGGGUGUAGUUGCAGAUCGCUUUAGAAAAGGCAAAGUUGUCCUUCUCUUUUCUCUUUUAUGUUGGGUUCUAUUCAACCUGGGCAUCGGAUUUGUCAAACCUGCUACCUUGAGAUGUGUACCAAAGAUUCCCCCAACAACUCGCCCUUCUAAUGCAAGUCAGCUGCUAACCAUCCUUCCAACAAAUUCCUCUCUUACCACUUCUCCUACCAUGCUUGUCUCCCCAUCACCAAAAACACGUGAGAAAACGAACGUGCUUCCUUCCAUUGCAGCACUGAUGUUAGAAACAGAGCCCAAUAUCUCAGAACCUGUUAUCUUUUCAACAACUCCAAGUAAGAGAAGUGAACCCACUCUGCGGCCUCAGACAGGCGAAAUUACUGACCAUAUUGUGGACUUGACCGUAAGCCCAAGCACAGUAACCCCUGCUCCCCCCGGAAACGUAACCAGGGAGACAACCAUUACUACUGUCACUACCACCAAAUCUUUACCUUCUGACCAAGUCACUCUUGUUUAUGAUCAGCAAGAAGUUGAAGCUAUAUUCUUGGUGAUCUUGGUAGUUGUCAUAAUAGGAGAAUUUUUCAGUGCCUCUUCCGUCACGAUUGUAGACACAGUAACACUCCAGUAUCUGGGAAAACACAGAGACCGCUAUGGAUUGCAGCGUAUGUGGGGCUCCCUGGGCUGGGGCUUGGCGAUGCUCUCCGUGGGCAUCGGGAUUGACUACACCCACACAGAAGUGCUCGUCGAUGGAAAGGGGUGUAAGUCCCCAGAGUACCGGAACUACCAGAUCGUCUUCAUUGUCUUUGGAGUUCUUAUGACCAUGGCCUUGAUUGUCGCUACUCAGUUCCGGUUCCGCUACAACCACUUCAACAAUGAUACUAAAGGGAAAGAGGUGGAGAUCCCUCAGGUGGAGAGGAACAACUCCGCAGAGUCCUCUGAGGAGACACCAGCCUCCACAAGCCACCCGCAGGCCUUCAACUUUUGGGACUUAAUCAGACUUCUUUGCAGUGUGCAGUAUGGCUCAGUGCUGUUUGUGGCUUGGUUUAUGGGUUUUGGAUACGGCUUUGUGUUCACCUUUCUCUACUGGCAUUUAGAAGAUCUGAAUGGAACUACAACCCUCUUUGGGGUCUGUUCAGUACUGAGUCACGUGUCUGAGCUGACAGCUUACUUUUUUAGUCACAAGCUUAUUGAACUGAUCGGCCACAUCAGGGUUCUGUACAUUGGCCUGGCCUGCAAUACAGCUCGCUAUAUAUAUAUUUCCUACCUGGAAAAUGCCUGGACUGUUCUCCCCAUGGAAGUUCUUCAAGGAGUGACCCACGCGGCCAUCUGGGCAGCUUGCAUUUCUUACCUCAGUGCAGCAGUUCCCCCAGAGCUGAGGACGUCUGCCCAGGGCAUCCUGCAGGGCCUGCACCUGGGUCUGGGGCGAGGCUGUGGUGCCAUGAUCGGAGGCGUGUUAGUCAAUUAUUUUGGGGCUGCUGCAACCUUCCGAGGAAUUGGCAUGGCCUGCCUGGUGAUCCUCCUGCUCUUUGCCCUGAUCCAGUGGCUGGCAGUGCCAGAUGAGGAAGAAGACAAGACAAUGUUGGCAGAGAGGAUUCCUGUUCCCUCUAGUCCUGUUCCCAUAGCAACCAUCGACUUGGUACAGCAACAGACAGAAGAUGUCAUGCCACGCAUUGAGCCCAGACUUCCGCCCAAGAAAACCAAGUACCAGGAAGAACAGGAAGAUGUGAACAAACCAGCCUGGGGAGUCAGCUCUUCUCCCUGGGUGACCUUUGUGUAUGUGCUCUACCAAAUUAAAGAGAGGAUGCAACUAACAAGAGACAGCCGUGCUUCUGAAAUACAACCUUUACAGGGGACCAGUGAGAAUCGGGAACAUUCUCCAGCUGAUGGAGCCCAGCCUGUCCCGCGUGAGACUCAUGCUGAACCAUCCAGAAAUCAGCCAGCCCCUAAAGCAGCCGCAUCUCAGACUCAAACCAGCCCUGCUCACCCCAGUGUGGACCAGCGCGUGGAGGCAAGUCAAGAGCAGUGGGCCCAGCCUGCUGCAGGAGGACACUGAGGGGACCUGCUCAUCUCACACCCUGCAUGGAAUGGGUUCCGCUGCCAGUACAGAGGAGAGUUGCCCCAAACCCAGGACACACCUCCCCUUGAGGAUCAUAGCACCACAUAUGCUUCUAAAUAUCUAAACUCAUUAACAUUGAAACACGCACACACACAGGAGCUACAGUACAUGUUGGCAGGAAAAGGUAAACUUUCAUAAUCCCAUUGGAAUUACAGAAAGGAAAUGGAGUUCAAUGAGGACUCUCAGCUCUUUUUGUUGGUGAGGUUAAAUGCUACAGGAUUCUCUGCCAGUGCAGUAAGAGCUGAAACCAGCAGUUACACUGAGUAAGUGGAGGAAGCAUGUCUCAAGGUGAAUGCUGAUAUAAUUUCCCUCUUCUGAUUAUUUAUUCUAAUGAGCUGGUCCUUAAGGGUAAACCAGGAAGAAACAGCAUACAUCUAUAAUUUUGUUUCUCUUGAGGAGAAUCAUUUCAAAAAUUGUAAGACAUAUUUAAAAAGUAGCCAGAUAAAAGUUAGGAACAUAUAUGUUUUUGUUUAAAAAGAAAAGGGAAAAAUUUUCAUGAGAAACUUUACACAUCCUAGCAAGUAUAUUUUUAUAUGUGUAUGGGGUAUAAUGAAAAUAGUUGAUUGUUUGAACAGCAAAAGCUAUUAUUGAUGACUGCAAGCUAAACUGAGUUUUAAAAUGCCUUUUUUUUUAAAAUGGGCUUU